AUGGAUAACCAACGCAUAACAUGACACUGAAUCACCUGAUAGUCUAACAAUAAUCACAUGGUCUGUGUGAGAAUCACAACUGGUGCAAGCAUUCGUCACCUACCAGGACAUUACUUCGUCUUCAUCAUCACUAUGAAUACGAAGAGUUCACAUGAAUGUGAAUAUUAAGUGUAUUGGAGAGUGAGAGAGAUAUUUCGUAAAGUAUGUAGGCCGUGACGUCAAGUGAAGAGGGAGAAAGAUUGAUGCCGAGUUUAUAAGUAGGAGCCACUGGUUGGCAGAAGUCUCAAUCCAGUUUCAGCGGUUAACGACUUGAGACUCUUGUUCAAAAGCUCAAUAAUUCCGCGCGCAAUAUUAAUCACUUCUACAUUGAGGGUGACACUGUGUGUGUGUGUUCACAUCUGUACAGUGACUGUGUGCGAAGGGGAUAGCGUGAGAGGCAAGGUGUGCAGAACAGAGAAGGACAGAAGAUAGCAGUGAGACAGUCACUUGAGGAAUUGGAUGAUGUAUCGAGUUUGGAUUUAAGAGGCACCUUUUUUCUCCCCAUUGAAUGCCACACGGCGCGUGUGUGUGCAAAGAGUUUUUCAAUAAAAUUUCACACAACCUACACACACAAUAGGUAGUGUCGUGUGGAUUUUCGAUAGAGGAGGCAGUGAGUGGAAAUAGCGUGGAAGGGACACAGUGCUUGAGGAAGGAGUGUGUGGCGUCAGGAGACAAAGAAAGGAAUAAGGAGAGCGCCCACGAGUGAUGAAUGCGCGGGAAAGAGAGUGAAGGCGCGGGAAUCAAUACUGGUGGGAAGGUGAAAAGAGAUCAAUGGACAUAGUUUUUGGAUCACCCAAUUGAAGACGCAGCGACAGCACAGGCCCACAGAUGGUGAUUUUUAUGUGGAGCAAGUGAAAUGCAAAAUAAUUGGGAAUAACACAGAGGAACAGAGUGAGGAGUGACAAGAGAGACCGUGAGCAUACACACUGUCUUGGUGUGGAAGUGAGAGAAGGCAUUGUUGAGUGAUAUUGAGAAAUUAUCACCAAACACGUAGACAAAUUUUUUUUACAUCACCCGAGUUAGUCACAUUUUCUUCAGUUGAGAAAAAAUUACAUAGGAGGACAGAGACGGAAAAGUAUCAAGCGCAGUGGUGUUUGUGUGCGACUGAAAAUUUUCCUCUGACUCACUCUUAUCGCGUUGACGUCCUCGAAAAAGCAUAAAGUGACGAAGAGCAUUUUGAUUGCCUCAAAUACACACAGAGACUGUGAAUUGCUUGGACAUUUUUUUUCGCUUCGUCUUCUGAGAAAGAGAGAGAAUAAUUGUGAUUCACUUGUAAAGUACCCGCGGGUGCGAUAAAAAUCGAUAGACGAGGCACAGGGAUAUUUCUUAGUGGAAAUCAUCAGAGUCUUAGAAAGCAAUUGGAAAGGAAGUCCGACGAAAGAAUGGCUGCGGAAGCACAACGCCUAAUUGGGAUUUCGCUGAGCAAGAUUGCUCAGUCGCGAAUGGAGCGCGGUGGAAUUUCGCUGCACAAGAACCUGUUGGUGGCCACAGUGCUGCAGAAGGCGAGAAUCAUAUUCAUGGAGGAGGCGUAUCACAUGGUGCACGGACAUUACCCUCAUGAGCAGGCGGCGGCGGCAGCGGCUGCCAUCUCAGCUGCGGCGGCUCAGAUGAGGAAUCGCUAUUUUUGCGAGCAGCAAGAGGCGCUGUGCAGGAGCUACAAGGAGCAACAUCAGCUGAUCAUAAGGCGCGAUGGAGAGAUUGUGGGCAGAGAGGGCGAAGAGGAGGAGCUCGAGGAGGACGAGGAAGACCCCGAGGACGACACUGAGAGAAUGUGCGGUGAGGAAGAAGAGGAGGAGGUGGACGACAAGGAGAACGAAGCACCCAUCGAACUGACGUACUACGACCUGGACAACCACAUUAAGAUCAGAGACAAUCCCAAGAGGAGACGAGAGGUGAGCGAGUGGGAGACAGAAGAGGCCGUGCUCUCCAUUCUGCCCAAGAGACUGUGCCGUGGCGAGGACAAGAUCCCUGAAGUGACCACGACGUGUCCUGAACAGGAAGAAGAGGCCACAGCGGCGGAGCCAUUCCUCGAGGAAUCUGAGCACAGCACAGUGGCGGAACCCAUGGAGAUCAGUCGAAUAACAUCGCUGGUGUCUAUCUUCAGCUUUGGCAACCUCACGAGGCAAUCACCUGCGUCUUCGCCAGCGGAUUUGCACACAUUUCGCGGCCAGAACACCACCAACACGUCCAGCGUAGCGAUGACGGCAUGAGGAAGGUUGCUGGCCAGCGAUUCUCACAACCACGGGGAUGUACCGUUAACCAGGGCGGGAUUAGACAUUCUAAGAGAAUUAGAUCUCGCGUGGAUUUUGGCGGGAGGGCACAGCGCUGCAAGAAUCUUAACCGUCGAACUCUGUUUUAGGAGUUGGAGAGAGAGAGAGGGAAGAGUUAAAAGUUUGCCACAGAUAUAACAAUUGUGAAUGUGUGAGAAAGUCUCAUUGUAUUUAAAUUAAAUGUUGAGUGUCCAAUGCCUCUGAAAAAAAUGAGAUCUUGCUUAAGAGGUCUCGGUAGGUCUUUUUUUGUUCAUAUAGGAUUAAAUGCUGCACACGAGCCAGGCGCAUAAAUUCUUGUAUAAUGAGAUUUGUGAAACAGGAAUAAAAAUCUUUAAUUUUUCUAAAUGCA